UGCAGCAUGGACCGUCAAUCGUACUCCGUCGGUUCCAGUUGGCACCCGUACUUUAUUCAGAGCGGCUACGAUUAUUGCACAUUGUGCACGUGUCUUCAUCACGAUGAUCCCAGCUGUGCGUCUAUCCAAUGUCCAGUGGUCACCUGUGACAGGACCAAGACCAUACCUGGCCAGUGUUGCAAGCAGUGUACAGAUUCUGAAGAAAAUUCAACUAUCGGUGGUUUACAUACGACGAUACAACCUUCUGAAACCUAUUGUCACUAUGGUGGUGAGUCGUAUCGGCAGGGCGAGUCGUUUACACUAGAAAAAGUGAACAGUGUACGACCAAAUCAGUGCACCCAGUGUGCAUGCAUGGAUGAUAAAAUACAGUGUGCAUUGCGCACCUGCAUUCCUGUACCAUGUAGCCAACCAGUCCUACUGCCUACGUCCUGCUGUCCAAUAUGUCCGGGAAAAGAAACAACGGACAACCAACAACAUAAUGAGCAUCACGAAACCACAAUGGGAAAAGAAGUUGCUACCGCGAUUACAAUAACUAGACAAAAGAUAGAGUCCGGUGCAGGAUCAAAAACGCAUCCAACAAUUCCUAUUGAAGACAUUCCAGAAGAAGACAGACCAAUGAACGCAUCGGGUGGCUCUUGCCAAACAGAUUAUGGAGUGUACAUACAUGGUCAACGCUGGCAUCCUAAUGUGUAUCCAUUCGGUGUGAUGAAGUGCAUUGUAUGUUCAUGUUUGAACGGGAAGUGGAAUUGUAGUAAGGUUGUAUGCAUAGACGAGGAACUGAAGUGCAGUAAUCCUGUAAUGGUUGCUGGUCAAUGUUGCCCGACAUGCCCAGAAGAUAACAAGGUCCCAUACGCAAAUAAGCCGACAAUAAUAGCCGAGCCCCCAAUGUGUCUUCAGCCAAGGGAAAAUGUGGUGGUGUAUUCCACACCAUCCGACAACGAAAAGAGAAGUACGGCCAAAGGUCAACAGGUCAGUUACGUCAUCGAACGAUUAGAUGAAAAGACUAUGGAACUACAUCAAUGGAUACUGAACAGCAACGGAUCAAUACGGAAUUUUGGAAUUUUUAACAUUUCGUUGAAAGAAUUUGCGGAGCUUUUAACAAGUUACCCUGACAGACACACGAUUGAGGGCGCUACAACUAGUCAUAAGUUAAGAAAACUUUUGAACAAGGAACAGAAAAUUUAUAAAAACUGUGAAGUGAAUUGUAGGCGACAAGUACGUAAAAUUACAAAGAUUCUGAAAUUGCGAAAAGUCACAAGACAAGAACAUUGCCCGUAUAGCAAAACAAACGCAAGGCGAAUAAGAAAAUCGAAAGGAAGACGGGGCUGAAAUUUACUUAGGAAGAUCUUGACACCAAAGACCAACUUACUACCAACUACGACGAAUAGGCUCCUAUCAACGACUGAGAUUGAUCCGAAUUAUUUAAGCCUUGUCAAUAAGUGCAAAUGUUUCAUUCCAACCUGAAUACUGCUUGCAAAGUCCAUCAAUGUACAGUCAAAAUUUAUAAUGUUUAUGAAUAAUGACACUGCUAAAUGUUUGAGGCAGUGAUAGUAUUGAGCUCAUUAGCGCAUGUGCGUCGGAACUAUGGCGUUAACCUACGUGUUCCUAUGGUGAUAAUAGUCAACGUGUAAAUUUAAUAUUUUCUAACAAUUAGAAACAAAAAUAUAUAGAAUUCAUAAGCGAGGUGAAUACCACCAAUCAACUACUUCGCUAUCCUAUUUGAUCAAUAACUAGGCCUAUACAAUUUAAUAUGUUAGGCCUAUUCUUGUGUUCAGAUUAUAUAGAAUAAACUCUGAAAAUUCCGAAAGGAAGAUUAUAUAUAGGUGUGAAAUAGACACGCAUAUUCACAACUAAAUUAUAAGCUUUCAUGUUCACGCAAACAAUUAGCUGCUUCAAAUAACAGAAAUACAGAGAUAUUGUAUAAAAUAUGGACUUGUCUGUGAAAUCGAGUGAAGUGGUGUGCUUGUGAAAAAGUGCAAAAUAUCUGAUACGUCAUCAUUCCAUUCCGGUAAACGCAGGCUGGUCACGUGUACCGCUGUUUGUAGUUUGUUAAGUUCACAAUAUAUUAUACUAUAUGUAUGUUUAUUCACUAAUUUGAAAUCUAAUUUUUCAUUCAAUACUUGUUAAAUAUGUUUAUGACGUGACUAUUAAAUGUAUCUUCAGGAAACCGUAGAGAGUGUAACCUGAAAAUCAGAAAUUGGCCUAAGAGGGACAGGCUGGGACUGCCCUACUCGGCAAUAUACAUUGUUGUGGCAAUUGCGGUGUAAAAUGUAAAAUUUAUUGACGACGUUUUUCUCUUGAGUAGAUUAUAUAAAUCACACCUUGACAUCUGCCUCUAAAUAGUUCCAGCUUCUAACAACGUUUAAUUACAUUGUAUUGAAAUUUUUCAUCAUAAUUCAUUCCAAGUAAUAUUUUACGGUCUGCUACUAGUUUGUAUGACGUAUGUCCCGUUUAAAGUGACGUCACCAGUUGACGUAAUGUCUCGAUAAUAAUAAUUGCCAAUUAUUUGUUUGUAGAAAGUUCAAUAAGCAAUGUAUAAUAUAUAUAUAUAUAUAUAUAUAUAUAUAUAUAUAUAUAUGUAUAUAUGUAUGUAUGUAUGUAUGUAUGUAUGUAUAAUAAUUCGCAAGAUUAACUUUGAUUAAUUAUUCAGAUACUGAGAGUAUCAUAUUUAAAAUCUCUCAACAAAGCUUGCUUUUAUGUUAAUGUGAAUGAUUGCAUAUUUGUAAAAUAUGACUCGUUGUAAAUACUUAAGCUAAA